AUAGCAACAGAACCAACGCACCUCACCUCACUAGCGUCCAGAUUUAAAAGCGAUGUGUUGAGAAGCACAGAGAAAAACGCGUCUUUUUAAAUAUAACACGGAAGCAUUAUACGAGCGAAAUGUCUCUCAAAAAUGGACAGGUGGAAAACAUUAAGUUCCCCUGGUUUAAGGAACGGCUAAAAACAAAAUAUCUCAGGGAUUUAAGGCAAAAGCAACAGCUAUCUGGGUCAUUAGAUAGUCACAAAUGGCGCUUUUUGUCCCCGGGCCUGGAUGAUUUUAGAGAUGGUUACCCAACAGUCCAUAAAGAGCUCUUCACCCAGUGUAAGAGUGGACCCUCCCCUGCAGUCUUUGGGAUGCCAAAUCACACUUGUUCAGUGAAGUUCCCACAGAAGAGACUGAGUAAAAAUCAAGUGUGUUACUCAAAGCAGAAUCCUCAGAGUCAAGCUCAGCGUGAGUUCAUUGACGCUGUUGAGUACAAACUCAAACAACACCCCCUGGCCCUCUAUCCUCAUCUGGAGAGCGGUAUGACACCAGAGCUAUUUGACCAGGUGUUGUCAGUCCUGGAUCCUGAUAUGUGCAUGAAGGCAGAAUUGUCCAUAACCUCUCCAAUGAAGCAUCUGGAAGAAAGCAGUGCACCAUGUGAAAUCUCAACUCUGGAGACUAUAAAACCGUCCAUCACCAUCAAACCACAAAAGGAGAAAUGUAAAGAGGCCAGACCAAGAAAUCCUUAUAGAUGGCAGAAACUCAAAGAAACUUUGGGUGUUGAAGAUCAGACGGCGAGUGUUAAACACCUGCACUCCAUGUCGCAAGAAGAUGACAAGCAGAUGAUUACCAAACUCUUCUGUGAAUGGAUUACCUCACUGGGUGGAGAGACCAGUGAUCUGACAGAGUCAACCAUCUUGGAUUUGUUUAAGAGUGACUAUGAAAAGAAACCCUCCUGGACCUUACCUAUUAACAAGACUCAUCUUAAUCAAACUCCAGCAAAACCAUCCAGCUCUGUAGAGGGACAUCUUAAAGAUGCUAAAGAGUUGAAUCAGGUCAAUAAACCCAACAGACCUCAGGCUGCCAAUGAUCCUCUAAGAGCCCCAGCAGAUAUUACAGGAAGCCUGGACUUUGAAGAACAGCUGAGUGAGAAGGAUGAAGAGCUGAAGCAGAUUCAUGGCAUUCAGGCAUUCAGAGAGUUCAUUAUCAACAAGGGAGUGAGAAUGCCAAGGUUUCUCAGCACUAUCUUCUCUGAGGAUGAACAGAAGAACAGGAUCAGAGGCUCAAACACCGGAGGCUCCGCUUCAUCAUUGUCUAAAGGGAGAGCUGUCCAUUAAACUCUUUAAAUAAUAUUCCCUUAUGUUGUUUUAUUGAACAUCACUUCACACAUUCAUGGAUCAGCUUCUGAGUGCAGUUCCCCAGACUAGUUUUUUUUAGAUUAACCCCCAAGCUAG